AGCCCACCCUGGAUGGCACAGCGUUAAAUGACUUGAGGAAGGUGUGGAGUCAGAGCGCCUGGUCACUGGGGGUUCACCUUUGGGGAAACUGCAGCAAGCUGGACAAGACUAGGAGGGGAAAUCCUGCAGGAAUCGUUGAGAGGACACCACCUGUGCUCAUACACACAGCCUUUCCCAGAACAGUGUUACUCUGACAGUAAUUAUGUUUGAGAAAGUACCUUGUAACUAGCAUGAAAUUGAGAGAAAGUUUCUUCUACACCUGCACCUACUGGACAGACACCCUUCCACUGUGUUACAGGCAGCAUGAGUUUUUACCAGAUUCCACUGCAAAUGAAACAUCAGACACUUAAUAUGCAGAAGAAACCUUCAAAGUGUAGUGAAUGUGGAAAAUCCUUUACUCAGAGAUCAUCUCUUACUCAGCAUCAGAGGAUUCACACAGGAGAGAAGCCCUUUGCGUGCAGUGAAUGUGGAACUCGUUUCCGUAAACAGUCAAAUCUUACUCAGCAUCUGAGAAUUCAUACAGGAGAGAAACCUUAUACGUGUAAUAAAUGUGGGAAAGCCUUUCCAACAAAAGCAGUCCUUGUCCAGCAUCUGAGAAUUCACACCGGAGAGAAACCCUAUAAAUGUAAGGAAUGUGGCAAAGCCUUUUGUCAGAGUCCAUCCCUUAUUAAGCACCUACGGGUUCAUACUGGAGAGAAACCUUACAGAUGUAAGGAAUGUGGCAAAGCCUUCAGUCAGAGCAUAUGCCUUACUCGUCAUCAGAGAAGUCAUUCUGGGAAUAAACCCUAUAAGUGUAAUGACUGUGGGAAAGCCUUUACUCAGAGUGCGUGCCUUGUGCAGCAUCAGAGAAUUCAUUCAGGGGAGAAGCCCUACAUUUGUAGUAAGUGUGCUAAAGCCUUCGCUCAGAACGCUGCCCUUGUUGAACAUGAGAGAACUCACACUGGAGAGAAACUUUAUAAGUGUAGUGAGUGUGACAAACCUUUCCGCAAACAAGCUCACCUUAGUGAACAUUACAGAAUUCACACUGGAGAAAGACCUUAUGAAUGUGUUGAAUGUGGGAAAUCCUUUAGGCACAGUUCAGCCCUUGUUCGACAUCAGAAGCUUCAUGCUGGAGAAUAAACUUUGGAUAUAACCAGUGUGGAAAGACUUGUGUGGAAACUCCAUUUCCCCCUAAAUUCUUAGUUUUAAGACUCAGUCUUCAGUUGGGUUGGAUAUUUUGUAUGUUGAGCAAGAGACAAUGUGUCCUGAAAGUUAAGAAAAUAGUCUCAGUAUAAGAUAGCCUUGAGUUUGAUGCCUUCUCUGCCACUUUCUAUGGGUAUGACCCUAUCCUCUCUGAGCUUCAGUUUUUCCCACCCCUCUACACCAAAGAAUAAUGAGGAUACUUG